CCAGGAGAAGGACUGAUGACCAAGCCAGUUCUGCAGGCCACUGAGGCUCUGCCCGCAGAAGCUGAAGCCAGCACAGCACUCAUUGCCGUUGUUUUCACCAUGGUCUUCCUCACCCUGCUCUCUGUCGUGAUCUUGAUCUUCUUUUCCCUGCUCAAGAACAAACCUGCAGAAGGUGAGCCCAGAGCUGUUCUCCAGAUGGAGAGUGACUCAGCCAAGGACAGAGAGAAGGGGGAAUAUUUCAUCUAA